AUGAAAAUUCUUAUUAAUAUUCCUUAUGAUGAGUCCUUAUGUUUGGAGUCAUCAAAUAUAAAUAACAUAAAAAAUGUAAAAGAACAAAUUUUUGAAUUAAAAGGUAUUCCAUAUGAGCUUCAGAAAUUAUAUAAAAAUGGUCGUCAUUUGGAGGAUGAAGAAUUACUUGAAAUAGAUGAAUCUGAUUAUGAAUACACUUUAAAUUUAAAUUUCGGUUUACUUGGUGGUGCUAAAAAAAAGAAAAAAAAAGUUUACAAGAAACCAAAAAAAGAAAAACAUAAGAAAAAAAAAGUAAAAUUAGCUGUUUUAAAAUUUUAUAAAGUUGGAGAUGAUGGAAAAGUAUUUAGAUUAAAAAGACAAUGUGAUAAUUGUGCUCCAGGAACUUUGAUGGCUUCUCAUUUUGAUAGAGAUUAUUGUGGAAGAUGCCAUCUUACCAUAAUGAAAAAAUAA